AUGGCGUUCUCACGAAAGGAGCGGAAGCAACUACUGCGCGACAGGGACCUCGUCCCGCAACUCGCAGAAAGUCCCUUUGGCCCCUUCCCGCCGGGUUAUGGCAUCAAGAAUGACAUAACAGUCACAAAAAAGGGCUGUGUGGUGCGAGGGGAUCCGGCGACGAAGCCGGCGUCAGCCGAUGUGCAGAAACGGGGCAAACAAGAUACGGAGAGCGAUCAGCGCCCUAAGCAAAUCCUGGUAGGACACACAGGCACGGGAGGUAUGACAUUCAGCACAUUUAAAAACAACGGUUUCCGUCAGUCAUUGAAAAUUGGUUGCUUCGGCGACCCAAAGGGACCGGAGAAGGCUGGUGCGUAUAGAAAGCGUGUCAUCCCGCCUACUGAGUUCAGAAAUUAUUAUGUGAGGGGAGACUUGCCGCUGACAAUCCAGCAAGGCGCCUCACGCACGCUUUCGUGGCGGCUGAAUGUGUCCUCGCUAGAUUAUCAUCAUUUCCUUCCUAUUUUUUUCGAUGGACUUAGAGAACUUGAGGAACCAUUCAUAUUUGUUGCCCUGCAGGGCUGCUAUGACUUACUUGAGAGGGGAGGAGAUAAAAUUCUUCCCACCAUCCCUCAACUCAUUGUGCCUAUCAAAACAGCGCUAAAUACACGACACCCAACUGUUAUCAUUAACGUCCUCAAGGUUCUUCAGAAACUUGUGGAGAGCGCCGACUUUGUUGGUCAGGCACUCGUGCCGUAUUACAGGCAGAUCCUUCCGGUGUUCAAUCUCUACAAGAACCGAAACAAGAACAUAGGCGACCGAAUUGACUAUUCCCAAACCAAGAGGCAAAACAUUAGUGAUUUGGUAAAUGAAACACUUCACUUGCUCGAACAAUACGGUGGGGAGGACGCGUACAUCAACAUUAAAUACAUGGUCCCGACGUAUGAGUCAUGCCUCAUGUGA